AAAGAAAAAAAAAAAUUAGAAAAAUUAAUUAGAAGUUAUGUCUGGGUGUUUGUCUUUUUUUUAACCCCUUGGAAUUUGGUUUGUGAAUGUAGGUUUUGGUUUGUGCAUGAUACCUCUAUCAAUCAGCACUAAAACAAUCCAGAGUUAUAAAACGUUUCUGAAAUUAUUACUUUGUGGACUGCCAUCUAGCAGUUUUCAGACUUAGAAAACAUAUGAUCUUUUACAUGAUGCUUAACAUAUGCUGACAUAAUAAACCUGGGAGUUGUAAAAUAUUUUCUGAGACAGUAGAUGUGAAAUUUCAGAUUAGAGCAUGUGUCACCUGCCACAAUUAUGAGAAAGUUAAGACGCAGGCUCCUCUUACGAUACCCAUCAAGAUGUCACAGCCACUUGUUGACAUGGAUCUGAUUGUCAAACUUGAGGAAAAGCCUCCAAAGAAUCAAGAUGAGGAAUCAGGCGGAGGGCUGACAAGAACAGGACCUAGAAGUCCAUGGACGGGAGCAGAAGUGCAUGGAGUCCAUCAGUACUUUAUUCUGGAUCCAACGGGCCUGAGGAUAAUGACAGACAGCAGCAUUGGCAGUUUUCUGAUUCAACAACCAGUGGUCCAGAGGGUACCUGUGGCAGGGCAAAACUACCUGUUGAGGAACAGGAAGAUAGACCAGACCUAAUCCAUAAUUUAUAGUAGUCCAGGGUGACUUGUCACAAAUAUUGGUGAUUUACCAGCUGUGGGAUGGCAUCCUGUUGGCGUACACACUUGCAUUACCCAGUUUCACAUGCACCAGGCCACCUGUUUCACAUGGCUGACGGGUGUUUUUUUCUGGAUACUCUGGCCUCACUUCAUAAUAAUCCAGGAUGCAGCCCACAAAAUUUCCAAAAUAAAAAAAAUUCUGAUUUGACCUCUACACUUCCUUUUAUUGUACUGAUAAGCUACAGCGCGCCAUGCAUGCUGUGUGGUGUCUUUGUGUGAGGCAGCAUUUUGGACCAUUGCAGUACAAUCUGUCCUGUUACAAGGCAAAUCAUGUAUAACAUUCUGAAUUCUUAUUAUGUAAUAUGACAAAUGAGAUAGUGUUGUUUUGUAGCAUCAAGGCUGAUAUAUGAGAAAACAAGUAAUUUUGAAUUGUUGUGGGUGUGUGUUUGCUAUGUAGGGUUUUAAAUGCUAUGAGCUUGUAUAAUUGACCUUGUAUAAUUGAUAUUGCCAUGAUUGGUUUGCUGUUGUUUAUUGGAGACUGUGUAAAGAGGCUACAACAUUUUAGUUGAUCAUAACUCUUGUUUUUUUCUCAUCGGUUGAAUGUGCUUUUCUGACAUACAUGUUUUUGUAUGAAAGUGCUUUGCAAGGUGCCUGAGGAAUGUAAAGAAAAGUAUUAUUAGUUGUAAAUGUCACUUUGAAGACAUUUUUAUGCAAUUCUUCAUCAUGGUAACCAUGCCAUUGAUAUCAUAGAAGAAUAAUUGCAUGUCGAUAUCGUAAUCUAGAGCCUGAUGAUCCAAAUAUUAUUGUUUGUUUGAUGAAAAACGAUCGGUAGAUUGCUGUACAAUCCUCCAAACCAACCAUCCAUCUCACCUCUCUUUCUCACUGUCAGUUGACAGUGUGUCAUCCUCGUGUCUGAUGAUUUCGGGGCUGAAGACUACUAGCAAGGGCUUUAAAAAAAAUGUGCAGAAGCUUUCACAACAACCGGCCCAUACUGAUAAAUAGUCGUGCUGGGUCGUACGCUUCACCUGAGCUCAGUUUCUUAUCGCAAAUGCGAUUGGUCACCACAUUACAACACCUCAGGGUGCGCACACCCGGUGUUCGAGAGAGUUGAAGAUUUUCAAACUAUACAAAAUUCCUUCGUCGUCGUCAUUACAAACCACGUUGUGUCGAUUACAAAAAAAUGGCAGCACCCAAAGGUCUGCUUAGCGCGUGUGUCUUGAGUCUGAUGCUUUUUACAGUUAGAGGCGCACCCCAGAUUGCGCUGCAGGUGGCAGAAGACGGCAACUACACCAUCUCCUGGCCCAACGGCACAGUAUGGCUACGCAGCGCACCGCCCUUCUUCACCGUCAACAACGUCACAUACUCCGCUGCAGACUCCACGCUGACCUUGCUGGGGGUCAACCAGACCGUGCACCUGAACGAAGGCUACGUUUCCAACGACAUCUACUACAGCGCCAACGGGACUCUGAUCGUUGCGUCCAUCCUCGAUUUCAGCGCAUACAACUUUCUCACCUUCUCUGUCAAUUUUCCACUUGGUGCCAAUGGAACAUCAAUGGUAUCAGCCGAUGAAGUCAUUUGUGGAUUCCCAGGGUUCCACAUAGACCCCGCCCCUGCACGACUGGCUUACAUGUCCUAUGGAGACAAUCUGCAGCGCCCAGCUAUUGGCAGAUGGCAGAAUGACUCAGUGCUGCUGUACCGGGGAAGACUGGGCUCAGGACCCUUGGUCUUGUUUGACAAAAACAACAGCGCAAUGGUCGUGGGGCCCAGCUCGAGUUUCGGGUCAGCCUCGCUCUGGCAGGACCACCAAACCUCAGCGGUGUACUGGGGCAUCAUGGGCAGUGUCAAGUUGCUUCAUGAGAAUUUCACUUAUAGCGUGCUGCUGAGCGCUGUCCAAGGAGUCAGAGAUGCUGUGGGUGUGUGGGCGUUCACACUAGCCUCAAACUUCACCAAGGCAGCUGCGGAGACGGGACACCCCGCCGAACCCCCUGCUUCGUCCGUCUUUGGAACCCUCGGCUACUGGACAAGCCUCGGUUCCGACUAUUACACGUCACCGGAAGUAGGAAGAACGUAUGAAGACACGCUGGCUGAUGUACGGCGAGACGCCAACAACGACACUGGAAACUGGGUACCUCGCCUGGCUUAUGGGUAUGUGGAACUAGACACAUGGUGGUACCAGAAAGGUCAGGCUGGUGACGGGGUUAAGACGUGGGUAUCCGACAUAAGCAAACUUCCAAACGGAAUCAUGGGUGUGGUCAACCGUACGGAAAAUUGGAAAGUGUUAGCCUCUGGGGGUAUGUGGGCGAACGACACCACGUACGCCGUGCAAAAUGGCGGCCAGUACGCCUUCCUGAUGGGCAACGCAUGCGCACUGCCAGCGGAUACGGCCUUCUGGAGUUACCUUUUUCGUGGAGCAGCAGCUGACGGUGUUGCGGCGUACAUACAGUACGACAUGGACAAACAGUUUUCGUGUAUGACAUCAGCGGAAUUUGACUUGGAGCUCGUCAGCAAGUGGUUGUCGCAGCUUUAUUCCGGCGCCACAGAAAACUUGGUGGAGGUUAUGUACGGUCCUACAAUCCCGCGGGUCCUUAUGGAGACUUCCUUUGUCCUGCGACAACCGGCUGUUGUUCAAGUGGGUUCUGGCAGUGUAAAGGAUGCCAAUCACUGGAAAGUGGGCUUGGCCAACAUUUUUGUCGACGCCCUGAGACUCCGCCCUUUCUUUGGCGCAUUUAAAUCCUACAGGAAUGAAUCAGACCCAGCUACGCAGCUGUCGCCUGAGCUAUACAGUUUGUUAGCUACACUAACUGGAGGACCCGUUGGCAUUGGCGACAGAGUUGGGACUUCAAACCGGACGAUAAUCACCAGGUGUUGUGACAACUUCCGUGGUACCAUUUUUCCUCCGUCAGUACCAGCAAAACCCAUCGACGCACAGCUUCAACAGAUGGCCUGGGAGGAAGGCGGGGCGACUGGAGAAGUGUGGAGCACUUUCACCACCACCAAGUUCAACAGCGACUCUAACAACUUCUUCCACGGCAUCAUCAUGGCCACCGGAAUGACGUCAGAUUUCGCCCUGACUCCAACGGCGGCCGGUCUAACGUUCAUUCAGUCUGGGAGUGAGCAAGUUUAUCAGCCGAGAAAGAUCUUCGCUUACCACGACUUCAACUUAGUGCAUGACUUCACAGACUCCACGCCCUUUACGCUCAAGAAUUGCACUCUCCAGAACUUCUGCCUGUACCACGUGGCUCCCGUCAUCAUAUUCAGAGGCAAAGAGGUGGUCAUCAUGGGUGACAUGUCCAAGUGGGUGCCCAUGUCUCCGGAGAGGAUCGUGCGAGUGGACGCCACGGACACGGCCAUCUUGGUCAGCGUUCAGGGGGAGCCCUACGAGGAGGUGUAUCUGUCCUUCAUGGUCGAUGGCCGCAUUGAGGGGAUCGCCGAACAAAUCAAAGACGACGGCAAGGCGGUGGUGAAGUACGAAGAGUCCCCACAGAACGCUAGGUCCACCGCGGAACGUGGCUCCGCCAUUAUCGUCUGCUUCUGCGUAUUUAUGUAUUUCGUCAUGAAGUGGCGUCAAAGUUUUUAGGGUACUUGUCUAGGUCAUCACGAUGUGACGUCAUCUGUUCAAGCUUUUGCGUAGUUUAGUCAGGUGACUUUUCAUUCAUUACACAUUUAAAUAUUUCAAACCAGCAUCACGUGUUGUAUAUUUCACAAAGGCCCCAUCUACUUUCCGUAAAGUUUUUUUUUAGUGUCAAGGGCUUAUUUUUGAGGAGUUUCAUCGCACGUUAUUUGUAUUUAAUCGGUUCACCUGAAUAAGAGAGGCAGGAGUUACAGAGAAAGUCCGUGUUGACUUUGAUGUAGACGUUUCAAGUGCACGAGGUCUUACGCCAUUAUACCUAAGUAUCACACUUUAUAAAGUACAUUAUUUUUUAUUAUUAAACAAUACAUAUACAAAACAUAAAAACAAACAAACUACCGCAUACAUCAAUUUACAUAAAUAGAUCUACAAACAUAUCCCUGACAAUGUACACAAAAAAUUUCCUCCGCCUCGUCAUCCCUUAGCCUAUAAAAGGACCAGCUUACACUAUAGAAACAGCAUAGGUUGUAGCAGUUUGUCUUUAACAUUUAGUUUAUAAAGUACAUUAUUACUUAGGGCUACUUAAGAAUGAUUCUGAUUUCUCAUAAAAGUCUUUGCGUUCAUAAUUUAUAUACAAUCAUUUUGUUAGACUUGGUCUGUUACGAGUGCUUACCUUGAUUUGUAGUGUUUGUUGAAAAAUGCAUACUGAGUUUACGUAUGUAUAUAUAUAAUGUGAUAACUUUGUUUAUAAAAUGAAUACCAAAUGUGUAGGUGUAAUUAAUUGUCAUUAAUUUUAAAGCAUACGUUUUUUUUAAAUGUGAAACUGUUUUCGGCUAAAGAGUCGCACAACACAUUUGAUAAAAAUAAAGAACGUUUUACGCUCA